UCAUUUCCAUAACUAAAAACUAUGUACCAUUCCAAUUUUCUAACCACAAACCCUCCUCUUUUAUCGCUCAUAAAUCUACCUCUUCCAAUAGCUUUCCCAUUUUCCACCUUUUGUUAACUAGUUAGAAACAUAAACACAAACAAACACUCACACAUACACAACAAUGGCCUUGUUUGACAAAUCAUCUCGCAACUCUCUUGUUCCUGGAUUUCUUUACUCAUCAAAUGCAUUCUCCCAUUUGGAUUCUUCUUCAAUCAACCAUGCACCAUCAUCAUCACCACGACCUCAUAGGAAUAAUAUUCCUAUGAUGAUCCCUUCACCGGCGGAGAGUAGCAUCCCCAUGUUUUCUCCUGCUUACUACGCCGCAUGCAGCGCCGGUGGCGUCUUCAGCUGUGGCCUUACACACAUGGCUGUCACCCCUCUUGAUCUCGUCAAGUGCAACAUGCAGAUUGACCCUGCAAAGUAUAAGAGCAUCCCAUCAGGAUUUGGAGUUUUGCUGAAGGAGCAAGGUGCUAGAGGUUUCUUCAAAGGCUGGGUGCCAACUUUGCUUGGUUAUAGUGCUCAAGGAGCAUGCAAGUUUGGAUUUUAUGAAUUCUUCAAAAAGUAUUACUCAGAUCUUGCAGGAGAAGAGAAUGCAGUCAAGUAUAAAACCUUUAUAUAUCUAGCUGGUUCUGCUUCCGCAGAAGUUAUUGCUGAUGUUGCCCUUUGUCCUAUGGAGGCUGUCAAGGUUCGUGUACAAACUCAGCCUGGAUAUGCUCGUGGUUUGUCCGACGGGUUGCCCAAGUUUAUCAAGGCUGAUGGUGUUUCCGGGUUGUAUAGAGGAAUUGUUCCUCUCUGGGGCCGUCAGAUACCAUACACUAUGAUGAAAUUUGCUUCCUUUGAGACAAUUGUGGAGAUGAUCUACAAAUAUGCGAUUCCAACCCCGAAAGCACAAUGCAGCAAAAGUAAGCAGCUAGGAGUGAGUUUUGCUGCAGGAUAUGUUGCAGGUGUACUGUGUGCAAUUGUCUCACACCCUGCUGAUAAUCUUGUUUCUUUUCUCAACAAUGCCAAGGGAGCCACUGUUGGUGAUGCAGUGAAGAAGAUUGGAGUAGUUGGUCUUUUCACUCGCGGCCUUCCUCUUCGUAUAGUUAUGAUUGGAACACUAACCGGAGCUCAGUGGGGUCUCUAUGAUUCAUUUAAAGUUUUUGUAGGACUGCCAACUACUGGUGGAGCUGCUCCUCCACCACCGACACCUACAAAUUAAAAACCAUCCAAACUACUCCUGCUAGGUUAUGCAGAAGAGAGAUUGUUUUGACAGGCAAAUAAUGUUAGAUUUCUAAUGCUUCUCAGUUAAAGCCUACUGUAUGAUGUUUUUUUUGGGCAUGUGUCAUGUAAAAUAUAUAAUAACAUUUGUUACCAUU